AUGGCUGCCCCCACUGGGCGCCGCGAUCUCGUUCCUCGCGAUGGAAAGGACAAGGCCACCCUCGUCUCGGCCGGGCGCCUGAUGAGCCGCAGGACAGAUCGCGAGGUCGAAGCAUUGAAGGUCACGGUCGCCCAGCUCGAGGAGCAGCUCGCGGCGGCAAAGGCGCAGGGCUCGGCAGAAGCAGUCAACCAGGCGCUCGCUCGCACCGAUGGAGGACUCGCCGCCAAGGCGCUGCGCAAGGAGGUCGACACGCUCGAGAAGGAGCGCGACAUCGCCGGCUCGACCCCCACAUCCAUCCCUCCCUCCGCCUCCUCACCUUCACCCGACCUCGACCGCGUCACCAACGAGCUCGCCGCCUCCCAGUACCAUCGCACCUCGCUCGAGAAGCAGGUCGUCGAGCUCGAGCGCCGCGUCAAGCAGGCGCAGAACGAGGUCAAGCUGAGGGGGCCGGGCGCGGGACCGGGGCUGGCGGCGGCCGAGCGCGAGGGGCUCAAGGAGGAGGUCCGCAUCGCCCAGUACGAGGUCGAGAUGCUCGCGCAGGAGAAGACGAAGCUUGCGGCGCAGGUCAAGCUUGAGCGGGCCCAACGCAAGCAGGCCGAGGACGACGCCGAGCUUGAGGGCCAGCGCCUCAAGGACCGCCUUUCCUCGUCGGCCCAGCGCGUUCACGCCCUCGAGGGCGAGCUCGCCCGUGCUCGAGCUGUCGCCAACGGCGUCAAGGGCGACCAGCGCCACUUCGAGGCGCAGCUGCGGGCGCGGGAGGAGGCGUGGGAGCUGCGCGUCAAGGACAUCAUACGGGAGACGGACGCCAAGUUCGCCCGCCUGCGCCUCGAGGCCGACGCAGCCGUCCGCAACGCCCAGAUUGCGCAUGCCGCCGUCGAGCAAAGCUUGCGCGAGGAGAAUGAAGGUGCCCAGUGCGAGCUGGAGAACAUGGAGGAGCAGCUCGCCGAGGUCACCGAGGAGCUCGAGCGCAAGCGUGCGUCGACCAUGCCGCGCCUCAAGGAGCUCGACGCCGCGCGCUCGCGCCUCGCGGCCCAGUCGAAGGAGCUCGCGCGCCUCAGCGGCAUCAUCGCGGCGCACAAGACCGAGCAGCACGGGCGCAAGAAGCGCAAGGUGGCGCCUCAAGCCGACACGGUCCAGGCGGCCGCUGUGCACGCCGUCGGCGAGCCCGAGUCGAGCGACUUGGGCUGGGCGCAAGUCGAGUCGACGGCCGUCGUCGAGCUCGAGCGCCACGUCGUCACGCUCCGCGCCGAGAAGGCGCUCGCUGUCGACCAGGCCCAGCGCAAGAUCAGCGCGCUCGAGCAGGCCAUCGUCGGCGCCGGCCUCGCAGGCCCUUUCGACGUCCCUCAAGAUGAGCCCGAGGCGCACACGCCGUCGUCGUCGAGCGCGCUGCACGCCGAGGCCAUGGCCAUCCUCGCGAGCUGCGAGCGCCGCUUCGACAGUGUCGCGACGGGCCUCGUCCAGCUCAGCGCCGAGAUCGUCUCGCUCGCGUAGCGCGCGACGCGGCCGUCGGUGCGGCAGCGUGUCGGCGCGGUAGCGGCGGC